AUGGCCCAGACGUUUUUCAUUGUGUUUGUCCUUUUGGCCAUUGCGGCCAUUCGGGCAGCUCCUUUCCACGGACACGAGCACCAUCGGGGUGGUGGUGGUGGAGCCUCCAGUCAUGCCUCGGUGCAUUUGACAUCCCAUGACGAUCAUCAUGGUGGCGAGGCCCACCACGGACAUGGACAUGGACAUGGACACGACGAUCAGCAUGACUCGAAUGCCGAAUAUGCAUUCAAAUAUGGCGUCAAGGAUCACAAGACGGGCGACGUGAAGGAGGCCAGUGAAUCACGUCACGGCCAUAAGGUUACCGGACACUAUGAGUUGAUAGAUGCCGACGGACACAAGCGCACGGUGCACUACACGGCGGAUAAGCACAGUGGCUUCCAGGCUCAUGUGCAGCGCGAGAAGCUCUACGAUCAUCAUCAGGUGGCUGUCGAGCAUCAGGGACACGGACACGGCCAUGGCAGCGGCUAUGAGGGCGGUCACGUGGAGUUCGAGGAGCAUUCCGCUAGCUCCGGACAUGGACAUGAGGAUUAUGGCCAUGGCCAUGAGGAUUACAGCCAUGGACAUGGUCAUGGCGGCUAUGGCGGUCAUGGCAGCGGCUCUCACUCCAGCGGCUACUCUCUAAAGCAGGAGCACGGAUCUGGACAUGGACACGGACAAUCUCACGGACACGAGCACGGACACGGCUAUCAUUGAGAAUCAUUGUUACCUCGAUCAUUGAUUGAACA